CAGAAUGAAAAAUUGAAAAUGAGAAAAAUAUUAGAAUGAAAAUAUCUCGGCCCUUAGAUCUCAGAUUUUAAUACCCUCCAACGGCCAAGAUUUAAAAUAUUAAAACCCACACUUUCUCUCUCCUCCCCCUUUCUCUUUUCUACUGACUUGCUCCUUCCAGCGUAUCGCUUCCCCUUCUUUCUCUCUCCUCCUAUCCCUUCCCUUUCUCUCUCCUCCCUUCCAUUUUACAUUUGCAGCUCCAUAAAUCACAACAUUUUCGCUCAGCUUGAAGAUCGAGUCUGGGAACCGUGUUUUGAUAUGCAUGUAGCUUUUGAAGAACUGCAGUUAGAAUAAUCUAUGCCUGGAAACGAAGUUGGUGAUAGGGUCCACAAUUUCUUUGACCAAGGUAACUUAUCACAGGACCAACGUCAUACACAACUUGUUGCGGGGAAUUGGCCAGGGUAUAAUAAUAAUAUUAAUAGUAACAAUAAUAAUAAUAAUAAUAUAUGGAAUGCAAACGAGAGACAAACUGACGGGCCCGUGAAUUCUGGUUCUGAGAAUUACAGUGCACAACAAUCAGACAUUGAGAGGAGGCAAGGGAAUCAAUUCUCACUAAGUUCACAUGGUUUAAACUUUACACGGUCAAGUUUGAGACCUGAAUUUGUCAAAAGUCCAUCACAGCUUCAGCAGCUGAAUUUGAAUGGAUUUAUGCAUGCAUCUCAAGGUGGCCAUAAUACAAGGCAGAAUGAGGCAAACUUUCUGGGAGUGGAUUCAGAACCUGAUCGGCACAAUAUGACGUCAAGGGGUCCGUCCAUUAACGAUUCACAGCAGAGGAGUAGUUCACAAAACUCAGGUUCAGCUAAUUUUGGAGGCUCGGAAUCACCAAUGAAUUUCAAUUUUCUAGGCGGUCAACAGCAGAUGAGCAGUCAGCAACCAGGAAUGAUGCAGUCCUUGCCUCGGCAACAGCCUGGAAAUAAUGAUACUCAGUUACAGCAGCAAAUUAUGCUGAAACAAAUGCAAGAACUACAGAGGCAUCAACAGCUUCAACAGUUUGAAGCAAUUCAAAGAAGUGGGAUGGGCCACAUUUCUUCCUUCCCAAAUCAGGUGGCAGGGCAGCAUCAAUCAGGUAUUAAUGGCAAUGCCAUGCGUGAUACAUCUAAUUAUCCAUGGCCAUCUCAAGUCAUGGCUGGCAACACAAACUGGCAGCAGCGUGGACUGAACUCGUCUGUGCAAGGAUAUUCUAAUGGAUUUAUGAUCACCCCAGAGCAAGGCCAAGCAAUGCAAUUUAUGGGUUUGAUUCCUCAGCAAAAUUCGCAGUCUUUAUAUGGGGUUCCUGUUUCUAGUUCACGAAGUGCUAAUGCAUUCUCUCACAGCAACAUUGAUAAACCUGGAAUGCAUCAGGUUCCAGCUUCAAAUAAUUCCUUUUCUGGCAAUCAAUAUGGUUCACUUGCAGAGCAGGUGGGUAUGAAGGAUGGAACUAUGAUAUCUAGGUACGGAAAUGAAGGAAAACGUUCUUUUGAGCAGGCCUCUAGUCAACGUUUGGGGGAUGUGGUUAAUUUGGGAGGCUUUACCCAGGUGCAGCAGAGGAAUGUGCCCAUGUCAGAAGGUGGUGGACAAGGUUUUGCUGGUGGUUCAGAAUUGGUAACUGAAAAAUCUGGAACUCAGGCUUCUUCUUCACAGGGUGCUUCUACACAAUCGGCUGCUGCUUUAGAUCCGACUGAAGAAAAGAUUUUGUUCGGAAAUGAUGUUAAUAUUUGGGAAGCAUUUGGUGAGCCAUCAAUCACAGGAGAUGGGGAGACUGCCACAGAUCUCCUUAAUGGCUUUCCCUCACUGCAAAGUGGGACCUGGAGUGCUCUUAUGCAGUCUGCAGUGGCAGAAACCUCCAGUACUGAUGCUGGGAUGCAGGAAGAGUGGAGUGGCCUAGGUUCUCAAAAUUCCAAAUCACAGUCUAGCAACCAGCAUCCUACAGUUUUUCACGGUAAUGAGAAAUCACAACCGGGUUCUCGAUUUAGCAGCAAUGAUAUGGCCCAUAAUUCAAUCACAAAUAGUAAUUAUGUUAACAGUUCUGAGCAGCAGCAGCCAUUUUCAAAUCAGAAAAGAGAAUAUUUACAGACAGAAAGUCAGAUUGCACAGGAAGGAAGGAGGUGGCUGAGCAACCAGCAGGCUCCACAUGUUGAAGAGAAACAAGUGGUUGAAAAUUCUAAUUCUUCCAGAGACCGCUCCAGGACAGAUAAUGCCUUCUGGAGCCAUCAGCAGAAUACACUUUUGCAUGACAACAAUGCCCAGCAAUCCAGUCGACCAAGUCACUCGAAUUUUACUGGAUCUGCACCAGGAAUUGGUGUUAUAGCCUCUACUAACCAAGAUAACUUGCUUGAUAAAGAUUGUAACACACAGAUGUUCAUGGAUACAGGUCGUGGUGCUGCUAUUAGGCUUGAGCCUGUCCCAAAUUCUAAUGUUACAACGGGGAGUUCAUUUGUGAGUUCAAAAGAUGACAAUGUUGCUCCUGGUUUGAGCAAUAUGAAGGUUAACCUUGAAUCCAGCCAAAGGCUUCCUAAUAACCAUCAUCUUGAUUUGUGGAAAUCAGUCAAUUCCUCUGGAAAAUCUGGAUUGGAGGGUUCAGGUAAGGAUCAGCAUAAUUUGAAUAAGGGACCCCCUGUAUUGGAGACUUCGGACAAUAGUCUUGAUGGUGGAGCUGCUGAGGUGCACGAGACAGAAAAUGGUGACAGAAGAGAGAGUUCCAAUGACAGCCACCACAGCAAUUUUCUCCAUAAUGCUCCAGUCGGCAGUUUAAGAGAGAAUUUGUGGUCAGAUGCUUCUGAUCGACGUAGUUUGCCUGGAGGCAAAGAGAAGCCAUCUGGUCAAGCUGGCAAAAGAGUACCCAUGCCCAGGAAAUUCCAGUAUCAUCCCAUGGGGGAUGUGGAUAUGGAUUCAAAUACUUCUUUUGCAGCAAAACAAGUUAUGCAGCAUUCACAGCCCAUGUCUCAGCAAUUUUCCUCAGGAAUGAAAGGCCAAGAAACAAACCCAAGGUUUCUUGGUCCAUUGAGCACUAACAUCACAGAUAUGGAGGGUAGGGUAUCUAAUUUUCGUGGAGCUGCUAAUGCAUCACGUGGAGUAUCGUCCAGUGCUGUUCAUCCUGGCUACUUACCUAAUAUGUCUGCAUCCUCUGUUAGAUCUGGUGAACUUUCUUCGCCAAACCAACAAAUGUCGCCCAGUCAGAACAUGCUUGAGCUUCUUCACAAGGUUGAUCAAUCGAAGGAGCAAAAUGUUACCUCUCACCUCAGUUCUACUGAUCAUAAUAGGCUUUCUGAAAUACCUGCUGGUGGACCUGCUGGACCUAGUCAGAGUCAGUUUUCCUCCUCUCAUGGUUUUAAUUUGCAACUAGCUCCUCCAUCUCAAGGAAUCACACCUUCAAAUUUUAAUGAUGCUGCUCAAAGCUCUUCAAGAACUGUCGAUUCUCCCGGGUCCAGUCAGGUAGCUUCUGAAAAAGGAGAUAAAACACAUGGAUGGUUGGCUUCGGUUUCUUCUGCUCAAUGUCUACCACCUUCACAUCAACCAACUCAAAUGAAAUCGGGUAGGUUUGGAAAUUCCGAUGCUCAUAUUUCGGUGUCUAACUUGAAAGGGAAUCAUUCUGCACCCUUAUCAUCUGGUCCUUAUUCAAGAAAUCCAGUUCAGAGUCAGCACAUGACUGCUCCAGGUGGACAAUUUAUUAGCGAUCAAUCUUCUGCCAUGUCUCUUAAUAGGCAUGCUUACCCUGAUCAACAGUUAAGUGAUUCUCAACUUCAGGCUAUGACCAGUCAUCCUGUUAGUAAUUCACUCGACAGUUUAGUGUCUGGGAGAGAUAUGAAUCAGUCCGGUAUGAGAUCGUUGGUGCAUCAAAUGCCAGCAGCAUUUCGCGCUGCUAUGGCCGGGGUGUCUAGGAAGGAUAACAACAUAUUACCGCUAGGAUCUAGUCAAUGGACUUCUCAACAACAGUUGUUGGGGGGCCAAGCUUGUAAUUCUCCUGAGUUGAUCAAGUCUCAAUUUCAAUCAUCUGGACUUUCAGAAACGUCUUUCACCCAACAGAAGAAGGAUGAAAAUGAUGGUCCGAAAAGAGUUGAUGUUUUAAGUUCUCAAGGUAUCAUAGGUGGGGAGGAGACCCAAGCAGGAGAAGGCCGAUCUACUAUGAAUGCAGCUGGCGCAUCUCAGGAAGAGGAACCUUCUGCAAGGCAUCAGUCGGAUGCUUCUCCAUCAACUUCUGCCGUCAGCCAAAAAGAUAUUGAAGCAUUUCAUCAUUCAGUUAAACCAAAUAAUAUUGCACAGAACAGCUACUCUUUGCUGCAUCAAAUGCAAGCUAUGAAGAGCAUGGGUACAGACCCUAGCCACCGUGAAUCAAAGAGAUUGAAGGGACAGGAUAGUAUUCUUGAUCCUCAACAGAUAGUUGGACAGGAAGCAGAGCCUGCCUCAGGUAGUAUGAAUAUUAUGGUUAGAGAUCCGUCAAUGAGCCAGACCUCAGAUUCUGCUGUAGAUGCCAAGACGUUUAACUAUUCGCCUCAGCUAGGAAAUCGAAAUACUUCUUUUCAGUUGCCACAUGGAACUGCUGCUUCGCAGGAUAUGCUCUCGUUUGGUCGUAGUGAUCCUCAAAAAUUUGCAACUGGCAACGUUACUUGUAGAAGCGAGCAUACUGGAAUUAGUCCACAGAUGGCCCCAUCCUGGUUUGAGCAGUAUGGAACCUUCAAAAAUGGACAGUUGUUACCAGCGCAUAAUUUUCCUAGAGGUCCAAUGAUGUCCAAUGCAGAACAUCCGUUUAUCAGUGGGAAGUCUCCCAGCAAUUUGGUUGUACAUAAUUCGGUGCAGUUGGCUGCUGCUGUCACUGAAACUGAUCAGAUUACUAAAACUUUCCAAACUGCGGAUGCUUAUACUCCGAGUGAGCAUAUUUCUUCUCUAAAUGCAUUGGUCCCCCAUGUCUCUGCUCCAAGUUUGGCAUCAAUGAGGCCCAAGAAGCGGAAGACUGCCACAUCUGAUCUUCUCCCAUGGAAUAAAGAAAUAGGACAGAAUCUCAAGAGGCUUCAGAAUAUCAGUGCUGCGGAAGUAGACUGGGCACAAUCAUCAAACCGAUUAAUCGAAAAGAUUGAAGAUGAAACUGAUAACUUCUUUGAACUGAUGCCGACGAUUAGACCAAAAAGAAGGCUCAUGUUAACGACACAGCUUAUGCAGCAAGUGUUUCGACCCCCUUCAGCCGCAGUUCUCUCACUUGAUGCAAGUUCCAACUAUGAAGUUAUUGUGUAUUCUCUUGCGAGAUCCAUAUUAGGUGAUGCAUGCAGUUUAACUUGUGGCGUGGAAAGUAAUUCACCAGCUGAUGGUCAAAAUCAACUGUCUGGGAAGGUCAAAACCUCAGAGAGAAUUCAAGAUCAAUACUUCACAAAAGUUGUGGAAGAUUUUGUUACUAGGGCGAAGGAGCUGGAAAGUGAUUUAUUAAGAUUGGACAAGCGUGCAUCAAUUCUGGACUUCAGACUGGAUUGUCAGGAUCUGGAGAGAUUUUCUGUCAUUAAUCGUUUUGCUAGGUUCCAUGGCCGAGGUCAAGUUGAUGGGGUCGAGACCUCAUCGUCCUCUGAUGCAAUUGCAAUGGUUCAGAAACCGUGUCCCCAGAGAUAUGUGUCUGCUCAUCCCAUGCCUAGGAAUGUUCCUGAUAGGGUACAAUGUCUUUCACUUUGAUCAUCAUUAAUUUAUUGAUUUUCCUCCCGAAUUGGGUCAAUUGUCUCUACAAUCCCUAAUUUCACUUAAAAGUCCUAUUUCGUCUCACAUAUGGCACUGUGCACCCCAAUUUGAACCACACCAAUGAGGAUGGCGGUGAAGAACAUCGAUAGUAACUUAGUAAGAUUGCCUAUUUUACUGAACCGAGGCUGUUUCAUCUUAUCAAUCUAAGGCAAUUAUGUUAUAUUCUCGGGGGGAAAAAGUAGUAAACUGUAAAUCUCGUAUGAAGUGGUAACAGCUAAAUUGCUCCCAUCUGUGUUUUUAUGGCAUACAGGGAGAAACAAAGCCUACCCUGGUUGUUAGAAAGUGUUUAAAAAAGUAGAUAGUUUAAGGUUAGCAAAUUCAUAUGUAUGCUUGUUCUGGUGCUUUCGAAGUAAAUUUCUUGGUCAGUUCAUUGUGGCUUCAAUCUCGAGCCCUGAAUAGGAUUCGUUUUCUAUUCCUUCUUCA